AAAAAAUUCAGGACAAACACAUCGCCUCGUGCAGCGCGAGCACAGGACUCAGGCAGCCUCCACGCCAUCGACGCAUCGAAACGAAACGCUGCGUCGCACGCGAGUGCCGGGGGCAGCGAUUCCAGGAUGCGCGGGCUGCUGCCGCUGCUGCUCACGACGGCAUGGGCCUCCAACCCCCUUUUCUGCCCGGACCAGACCGUGACCAUCACCCUGGACUUUUCGGGAUUGCUUGGCAAGACCGUCGAAGCGACGAAGCGCGACAUGGAGGAGGCCGCGGCCUGGCUCACGGCGGCCGGCGGCGAGGACCGCCUCGACAUGAUGAGCGAGGUCAACGCCGUCGAGACGUGCACGCCGCCCUACGACUCCUUCGUCCACGGCGACGCGGCGACCUACACCAGCGAGUGCCGAUACUGCCUCGCGGCGGGCGACUACGAGCUGCACACGUACGAUGAAUGGGGCGACGGCUGGGGGGCGGGGUCGUAUACCCUAGCCAUGGAGGGCUGCGACGAAUUACAUGGAAGCCAGGCGGCGAACCCCGAGCAUCACGCGGGCUGCCUGAACGCGGAGUGCAGCGUUUCUUCAAUGGUCACCUUCGAGGCGCGCCACCACCCGUCGCCCGCUCCCACGAAGAGCCGGUCGACGACCUAUGAGUUUGCCGUGGACCUCGAUUUUUCUGGAGCGAGCGACCCUUCCAAAAGAUUCGACGCGCACGUCGCUAUCCAAUCAUACUCGCGCGGCUACGGCGCCCCGACGCCGACGGGCCUCGUGGGACCUUAUUUAAUAGACGGCGCGCACCCGCGCGACCCGCGCAAGGCGCCCGACGUGGCGCCCUGCGGCGUCGACGCGUGGUGGGGCUUUGAUGCGGCCGUCGACGGCGAUGACAAAAAGCUGUCGGCGGACUACCGCUUCAGCGCGGGCGACUACGCGUUACUCGUACGAGGCGGGACUACCGGUUGGGCGGGCGGCAAGGCGUCGGUGCGCGACGCGGACGGCUUCGAGGUCUACGUGUCCGACGCGGAGCCGGGCGCCGACGGCACCGCGGCCUACAAUUUCACGGUCGAGCACGGCUUUCCCACGCGCACGCCGACGUGGGCACCGAGAAACGUCCAGAUGAUGCUGGCCCUCGACUGGACGGCGUCGACGGCCGUCGCGAGCGUCGAGCUUUAUAGAAUAGACGGGCCGUCGCUCGCGACGCCGCGGCCGACUUCAUCAAUGGCGCCCACGUCCAACCACACGCCGACGCCGGCGCCUUCAUUAAAACCCACGCGGACGACGUCGUCCGAAAUUAAUGAGGGCCAGUGGCUCACGCUCGUGCCGGACAUCGACGGCCACGAGUACGUCGAGUCGGAUAACGGCAAAAGGGUCGAGCGCGAGUACUUGGUGGACGGCGCGGAUCAAUUAUUGUUGAGGUUGUUCUGCUCGCCCCCCCUCAGCAGCGCCUACGGCACCGUGGAAGUUUUGAGGGGCGCGGACGGCGCGGUGCUGGCGACGGCGACGCGCACGGACUGCGCCCAUACGUGGAAGGACUUUGUCGUCGACUCGCGCGCGCUGAUCGCGCCUUCAUUAGCACCGUCGCCGCGGCCCGGGUCCCCGAGCGCCGCGCCCGUCGCGGCCGGGGCGCCGACGCCGUCGCCCGUCAUUGGCGCGACGCCGCACCCCACGCGGCGGCCCGUGCCCCACCCGACAUCAAGGCCGACGGCGGCGCCGGUCCCGCGCCCGACGGCCUCCACGGCCGCCAUUGGUGGCGACGACGGCGGGUCCCACGCAAAUUCAGCCUCGGCCGACCUCACCGUGCUGAUUGCUGCAUUAGUUGUCGUCAUGAUCGUGGCCUGCGCCGCCGUCGCGCUGGCGGGCUACACGGUCUGGAAGCACCACAAGGCGCGGCGCGACGAGCCGACGUGGCGCGACAUCCAGAGAGCUAUGGAGGAAGCCAGAAACCCCGUCUACCGCGACGUGGCGAGCCCGAAGGAGGGCGCGUUGGAGGUCGAGGGGGACUUCGAGGCCCAGCCCCUCGGCGUGCGGGGCCCGCGCGCCUGGUCGCCGCUGACGACGGAGCAGUCGCGGGGGGUCGAGCUCGUCGACCUCAAGGAGGACGACUCGCCGUCCGUGGACGUGGACCUGCUGACCUGACUUUUUUUUCUGGGGUCCUAAGGUUUUGGUUUUGU